GAGAAACAGAAGAAGAAGAUGUCAGGUGGCUUUCAGCUAUAUGCCUCAAAAUGAAGAUGAACUGGAAUUAAAAGUUGGUGACAUCAUUGAAGUUGUGGGAGAAGUGGAAGAGGGCUGGUGGGAAGGUAUACUCAAUGGAAAGACUGGCAUGUUUCCUUCCAACUUCAUAAAGGAACUAUCUGAUUCUGAUGAUGUUGGAAUAGCACAGGAAGAGCAAGUAAAGCCAAGCCUGAAAGAUGCUACAGGCUCUGAGAGUGAUGGUGGUGACUCUUGCAGUACAAAGUCGGAAGGAGCCAAUGGAGGCACGACAAUCCAACCCAAAAAGGUCAAGGGUGUUGGCUUUGGAGAUAUCUUCAAAGACAAACCUAUAAAGCUACGACCAAGGUCAAUAGAAGUUGAAAACGACUUUCUCCCAGUAGAUAAGAAUGUUGGGAAGAAAUUACCUCCAGCCACAGCUACUCAGGAGCCAACAAAAAUAGAAGUGGACAGCAAAGCAAAAACCAAGGAGUAUUGCAAAGUGAUAUUUCCAUAUGAAGCACAGAAUGAUGAUGAACUCACAAUCCGAGAAGGUGAUGUCGUCACCCUUAUCAGUAAGGAUUGCAUUGAUGUGGGUUGGUGGGAAGGAGAACUCAAUGGCAGACGCGGUGUGUUUCCAGAUAACUUUGUCAAGCUUCUUCCUUCUGAUUUUGAAAAAGAGAGACCGAAGAAACCACCACCUCCAUCAGCUCCUGUCAUCAAACAAGGAUCAGGUACCACAGAUCGAAAACAUGAAAUCAAAAAGGUACCUCCUGAAAGGCCAGAAUGUCUUCCUAAUCGAACAGAAGAAAAAGAAAGAUCAGAGAGAGAGCAAAAACAGUUAGAGUUGCAGAAGCCUUCAGUUCCUGCUAUACCUCCGAAGAAACCUCGGCCACCCAAAGCAAACUCUGUGAAUAGACCUGGUACCUUGCCCCCGAGACGACCAGAAAGACCAGUUGUGCCUGUGACUCAUACAAGGAGUGAUAGUCCAAAAGUAGAAUUAGUGGGCAGUACAGUAUCCGGCGCUCUGGAGAAAGACUCCUCUGAAAGAAGCAAUGACAUCGACUUGGAAGGUUUUGACUCUGUAAUACCAAUUGCUGAGAAGCUUAAUCAUCCAACUACAACCAGACCAAAAGCUACUGGCAGGCGACCACCCUCCCAGUCUCUCACGUCCUCGUCCCUUUCAAGCCCCGACUUCUUUGACUCACCAAGUCCUGAAGAAGAGAGGGAGGAGCAUGUUUCUGUUACACACAAAACCAUUGAAGUGUCAAGGAAAUCAAGAACUGUUACAAUAUCACAAGUGUCUGAUAAUAAAAAUUCCUUGCCUCCAAAACCAGGAGGCUUGGCUAGUGGCAGUAAUGUACAACCAUCACUAUCCCCUUCACCGUCUCCUGGAUUUCACUCAAUUGCUAUGGGAACAACAGGUCACAGGUCAAAUUCCCCAUCCCUGUUUGGUACUGAAGGAAAGCCAAAGACUGAGCCCUUGAGCCAAGGUCAGACUGCCCUGGAGGAGCUGAGAACACAAAUUAAGGAGCUAAGAACCAUCAUUGAGACCAUGAAAGACCAGCAAAAAAAAGAGAUUAAACAGUUGCUGUCUGAGUUGGAUGAAGAAAAGAAGAUCCGUCUACGAUUGCAGAUGGAAGUUAAUGACAUAAAGAAAGCUCUUCAAUCAAAGUGAAGUACUUGAUAGGUGGAAUGUUGCAUUAUUCUUCAUGACUGAGACUCAAAUUUAUGCCCCAGCCAAAAUAACUUUGUGCCAAAUGAUUUAAGAAUUGCCUCAACAUCCCUUUAUUUGAAGGAUUAGCACAACAGUUUUUGAUAGCACAACAAGGACAAAAUCUCCACCCGAAGCAGUGCUGCUCCGCACUAGUUGUGACUGAAAUUGAUCUUCUUGUGCUAAAGGCUCUCUACUUCAAGAUCCUAGGUGAAAUGAAAACUCAGGCAGUUUAGUCCAUAGUGGUACUAUUUUGAUGAUAUUUUUCCAUAAAUAAAAUGUAUUUCAGAUUAUCUGUUUACAAGCUUUAUGAUUUUGACUUUUGGGUUUUAAUUGUCUUUUCUCACAGAUUUUAAGACGUUUGUACUGCGUAUAGCCAGGAGCGAAUGUUAGCCUUGGGGCUGGAGGGAUUAUUUUUGCUUCGACAUAGAACAGCCUACCUUUUGUUACGGUUUUAAGUUCUGUUAAAUAUGCAAUUUUAUGUCCCCCAAACCUCCUACAGUUUAAACUUAGGUUGUGUACAGCAAUGGAUUUACAAGAAGGAAACAAACCAACAGAAAUCCGGUCUUUGCAAUGA